AUGCGUGGACUGAAUAUGGGGAAGGAAACACAGGCCCCGCAGAUACGUGACGAGUUCUGUGGCACAACUAUCACCCUGACCACCAAAACUGCUCGACGGUAUGAGGGUGUCAUAGCAUCUACCGCUGGUGUUACCCUCAAAGACAUCGACAAUUUGCAGUCUGAUCCCGCUGACGCUAAGAUACCGGUUCCCAAUGGCGACUGCGAGUGCAUCAUAUUAGCUUCCUUUCCCCAACAGGAAGCUGAUUCCACCAAAUCUUUGAUGCUGAUCUCGAUACUUCCUGUGCGCUAG